CGCGCUACGCAACGUCUUUUGCAGCAGGAUACGUUACUAAGACACAAUGCCGUUCCAGUUUGCAAUUUAUUACUUAUAUGAUAAGUCAUUAAAAGUGGAGAGUACAUCGAUCCUUCUAGCUAAUAAAGACCAGCUUAGUCAAGUUACGUCAAAACCUGACCUUGAUGGAGACGACAAUUGGCUAGAAAUAAAGUGGCCUACACGUAAAGAACCAGAGAAGACUGUGCCUGCAAAAGUCAUGCUGUUUGGAGAUUCGUUCAAAGACCUCGUCGUGAAGAAAAACUUACUUAUUUUGGGAAAGGACAUAUGGAAAAAGGAUGAAAGCAGGGGUGUUCGUGUCAAAAAGAAAAUGUUGGACACCAACAACAAGGUGGAGGCUAAAAAAACCCGGCUGGCAAAGCAAACCAAGAUUAAAGAAGCAGCCAGAGACCAGGUGUUACAAAAACUGAAGAAUUCCCUUUCUCAGAGCAGGGCCGUAGACACACAAGAUCAAAGCACCAGCUCUGAGGAUGAAGUUCCACAAUGUCUUCAUAACGUAAAGCAAGCAAAGACUAAGAAGGCUGCCAGACCCAUGGCAUUCACUUCCGAUCAUCAUAUCAGUUCUGAUGAGUUUCAGGCCAAUGACUUAGAUGAAGACUUUGGUCUAACCUCAACCCAGAGAAAGAUAAAGGACUCUAACACUGGGCCGAAAAUGCUGUUCCAAAUGGAUGAAGAAAUUCUGACAUCCCUUCGUGAGCUCCCAGAAAUGAUUAAAUCAAUGAAGGAGUGUGUGCAGUGUGUCCAAUCAUUGAUUGCCUCACCCGGUGGGAUCCCCUCAUCAGGAAUGUCAUCUGUCUCUAGUACUUUGGCCAGUGAAAUUGAAAUGCACUCCUUGGCUGGAAGUGGAGUGAGUGUUCCGAAGAGGGCCUUCCAGCGGCUGAACAGAUCUCGGAUCACAAUUUUUGCCCAGGAGCUGGCUGUUCUGGUGUUCACAAAGGAACUGCUGGCAGAGUCUACCCUAACAGGAAAAUCUGGAAGAGGGGGCCCCCCCAAAAAACAGCUGGAUGUUGAAAAAGUGCAGGCCAUAACAGAUGCUGUUCUUGUGGAGUUUCCACACACAACUGCGUCUGAUGUGCGAGCGGCCAUCAGACGCAAGUGCAACAAUGAGCAAUUUAGCAAGAAAAUUUAAAUUUUGUUUUCUUUCAGAAUUCUUUUUAUUUUAAAACAUGGUACAUUUUUUUCUGUUUUCCAAUGCUAAAACCAUGUGAGGUUUAAAUAAACACUGUUUGAGUUGUUCAUUAUGUGUAUCUGUCUGUUAUUGAAGUUACAUGUAAUUUAUUGUAAUGACCCUGACAACAAGUGCAUUCAGCAUUGGGGGAAAAGUAGCAUAUUUUUACUCAAAAAUAAUAUAUUUAUGGUAUAUUACUUUUGUGUUUUGAAGACAGUCUUAAUUAAUUUGUAAUGUACUUGUAAUACAAAAAAGUACACUUUAAUAUCACUAAUCAAGCAUGCCAUUAUCUUACACAGGCAUAUACUUAAAGUGUACUAAGUAUACUUAAAGUUGUUCCAAUUUAGCACAUAAAAGUACACUAAAUACACUUAUAGUUAUGCUUUACUACAAUUUAAUUACAAAUAAAAUGUACUUAGCACAAAAUUAGUUGUUCCAAAAUAGCACACUUUAAAUUAACUAAUCAUUAAUACACUUAAAGCAUACUGACAAUUAGUCUGGAUGCAAGUAUACUUAGCAUUUUUUUUUUUCACUAGGGUCAUCAUCAAAUAAACACCAUUUAAAGAAAUUUACAUUUAGGCAACGAGCAAGUAUUGCUGCAACUAUAGCAACCUGUCAUUGUCAACAAUAUUUAAAAAAAUAAUAUAAUUGCAACAAGUCCAUGAAAACUUACUAAAGUUAGGGCACAGUUAUAAUUUACAAAGUAUUUAAUAAUUCACAAGCAUCACCUCAUUGUUAGACAAUCUGGAAAACAAGAUUUUAUUUUAAUUAAAGGAACUACAAUAGUGCAGCCCUUCGUAGUUUGGUAACUGAUCUUCCAUCUGUGUACAAACACACAAAAGUGAAGUGUGUAUAGAGUCAUAUGCAUAAACAAACAUUUGUAAAAUGAUAAGAGGCAUCAACCAGUGAUUUCUUAAAUUAUUGCCAUUUUGGUUGAGAUAGGAGAAAUGUUCAAAAUUCAUAAGUAUACAAAGUUUGCCUUUUAGGUCAAACUAAGAGGCAAUCCACAAGGAGACGCGUUUAGCUGUUUGCGAAAAUUGUUGUAUCGUACCAGGUUUUCGGGAGCCUGAAACUGCUAUUUUUGAAAUGGGUCCUAGAGUGAAUAAAUUUGAAAACGACACCCUUGUGUUUUCGUGUGUACAGCCAAUCAGUAUAUUUUCUGAUAUACUGUAACGAUUUCAUCACCCCAGCACGCAAGGUAAUCUCUCUGUUCUUAAUGCAUCUCCGUGGCAGAAUUACAGCACCACAUAGUGAUUUGGCAUGUAUACUACAUCAUUUUGAGUCGGUUUCAGUGGUUUCGUGUACACACAGAUAUGACACAACGCAGGUUUUUUGGAAUUAAAAGGAAAAGAGAUCGGCUAGGAAAAGCUCUGCCUUUGUGUGGAUGGGGUCUAAGUUUUUGAAAAGAUGAAGACGAAAAAAAAGUGUUAAUGUAAUCUGUCACUUUAUUUACAACAACAUUACAGGAUCCACGAUGGAAGAAGAUGAGA